CUUCUUUCAUAUAAAAGCUGACAAUCAUCUUCACUUACUGCCCAUCCACAUCUAACAGGGAUCUAGACAGAGAUUUGCAUUUUCUUACUACCUUCUCCUCUACCAUUUUCCUUUCAUAUUACUAUUUUGAUCAAAUCUCUCUUGAUAGCAAAGUCAUUUUCAUCUAUUAUUUCACAGCAGCGCUUUUCAUCAGCUUGCGCAGCACUUUAAUCCAGGCCUCUUUUACUCUCUCUCUCUCUCUCUUUCUCUUUCUCUUUCUCUCUCUUUUCAUUUCAAUAUUCAAAAAGGUCUUUGACCAACUUGUUAUUCUCAUCUACUACUCUCUGUCAAAACUCUCAUCAUGUUUGCUGUUCCCCCGAUCUCUGCUUCUGGCUCGUCCAGCACUACUCAGCCGGAGAAACCUGCCUCAGAGCUGACGUCGGAGAACCAGGCUGCUGUUGACAACUCCUUGCACUCUGUUGCUGGUAUUGUACCAACACUUCAGAAUAUCGUUGCUACAGUCAAUCUGGAUUGUCGUUUAGAUUUGAAGACCAUCGCGUUGCAUGCUCGCAACGCAGAGUACAAUCCUAAGCGUUUCGCUGCUGUUAUUAUGAGAAUUCGUGAGCCAAAGACGACAGCCUUGAUCUUCGCCUCCGGAAAGAUGGUUGUGACAGGCGCAAAAUCGGAAGAUGACUCCAAGUUAGCCUCACGCAAAUAUGCACGUAUCAUCCAGAAGUUGGGUUUCCCUGCAAAGUUUACUGACUUUAAGAUUCAAAACAUUGUUGGUUCCUGCGAUGUCAAAUUCCCAAUUCGUCUUGAGGGUCUUGCCUAUGCUCACGGUCCUUUCACCUCGUACGAGCCCGAGUUGUUCCCCGGUCUCAUUUACCGCAUGGUCAAGCCCAAAAUCGUGUUGCUUAUCUUUGUUUCUGGCAAGAUUGUAUUAACUGGUGCAAAGGUUCGCGAGGAGAUUUAUCAGGCGUUCGAAGCUAUAUACCCCGUCUUGACGGAAUUCCGAAAGCCCUAAAAAAAGCUCCGGAGCUGAUAAUCAACCCAUGGCUUUGGGCCAAUUUGAAAAAAACCCCCCUCUUCUUUUUCUUACUACUCCUUGCAUGAGUAUCUCUUUAUUCUUUCACUCUUAAUCAUUUUCUUCGUUAUCAACCCUGUAUUGUAACCUCAAUCAUCCACUCUCUCCAAAUUGUUGCUAGUGCUGAACAUGAAAGGAAAAAGGGGAAAAACGGCAAGCUCAUUUGCUUAUGUCUCUUCCUCCUGUUAUUUCACAAUCUAUAUCUGGCAAUCAUUUCUUUUUUCCUCUUUUUUCUUCUUACUUGUAAAAUAUUAUCAAAUCAAUCGAAUGGCAAAAAAAAAAAGAAAGAAAG